AUGACAUUUGAAGUUAUGGCUGAGGUAUCAUGUGAUCCAUGCCGUAUUCUGGAGCUGGGCUUAGUUCAGCACCCUCAUCAGCUGAGCAGGUCUGGACAGCUGCUUUUCUUUUACAUCUGUUCUUCAUGUUCUGAUUCCAAGUGUCUGACGAUAGCAACCAUGAAGCCAGCUCGGGUUUCAUCUACGACGAUUAAUCCAGACACUGGGAGUAAGGCGACUGUCAAAGACGCAGCGACUUCGGGACACGACCUCACAGGCCCAGGUCGCCGAAAGUCAAAAGCCCCUCCAUCCCAGCCUUCGGAGUCGAAGACUGUUCGAUUGAAGCUCACCAAACCAAGGCCGCCCAAAUCCAAUACUAAAGAAGUGGAUUGGGAUGAAGAUCUUCGUCCUACACCCAAUGAGAUAGUUGAGAAUAAAGGGACCCGUGGAGGAACCUCUGUAGCCGAUACAGACCCGAACCGACCGAAGACAGUCGCCAAAAACACAGGAAGCAAGCGAACAAUACCACCAAAGCCACAAACAACCUCGGCAAAACGCAGGAAAUCGAACAGGAGGAAGAGCACUACUACCAAAGAGGGCAGCACCAAAGGGCCACAAUUGCCAUUGGUAACGCUUACUGCAGGCACUUUGCCUCCUGCAGUCGCUCCGGGGAAUAGUGGGCCUCCUGAUAUGGGUCCCUUGGACGCGCAAAGCAAAGAUGACGCCACGAAGCGCAAUGGAACUGUGUCCGGAGCUUCGCACCAACCUUCGCCACCGAUAGAUGGCCACAACAAGCAUGGGAAUAACAGCAAGGGAAGUGUGAUCGUCGAUACAAGAAGCUGCACAUCGGUGACAACUGAUUCGUCCUCGGAUUUCGAGGAUUAUGGCAAAGGGCCAUCCCGCGCUUCGAAAGUCAGCAUCCUAGAGCAUCGGGCACAGUCCAAUGGACAAACAAACAAAGACAAAGCUGUUCAUGCGAUGCCCCAGGUCUCCUCAAGUUCCGAUGUCGAUCUUCAAGGACCGCCUCACACGUCUACUUCAAAGGUCACCAUUCUGGAGUCAAGGGCACUUUCAAAGGGACAACACAGCCAGGCCAAGACAGUCCAUGAAAAGGGUCGUCGCAAACGACGUGGUAGAGCGGAGAGUGUUGGCAACAAGCUGAUGCUUGCGCUCCACGGAACAGAGCCUUUUCAGCAUGAACCAGUCAAUAAUCAAACUGCACCUGUCAUCAUCUCAUCUGAUCCAGUGCAACCCGAAGAAUCUCUCCCAAAGCAGCAGUCCAACCGAAUUCCGGCCGAAUCGGUGCUGGGACCCCGCAAGAUCGAAAGUGUACUAAACCGAACAUUCCCAGUUGAAACGCACCAAAACCAAACUGAGUCUAAGACUGUCAAUCCAGCAUUGAUUGCCAAAACACUUCCGCCCAAGGAGGAGGAGAUAGAACAGGCAGAUGACGCAAGCUUCUGGAGGCUUCUGGGUGAUGACAGGAUGUCCACUACAGCGAGCUCUUCAGAAUUUGAAACCGGCAGAGGCUUGCUAGGUGACGGCCCUUCAAUCCUUGAUUACCACAUGGGAAUGGAACAUAUCCCCGGAUUUGCAACCUUGCAACCCAUGAGAUCCGCACCGACCACUUCUUCACACGGCACUAACAUCUGCGAAAGCCAGGCGGAUAGCUCGUUGGAGACUUCAAAUGUAGGACAAUUCGAUGAGCUCACGGCAGGACGGAUUGAGGGACGUGGGAGCGAUACUCCGGAGUCUCAAAAGCCCCUUCUCACCCAUGAAUCCCUGAUGGAACUGAAUUCUGAGUCUCCCCAGCACCCAAGAUCAGUCCCAAAGACCAGCAUUGUCGACAGCAACGGUAGUCCUCGACUCAUGCCCCAGUCAGCCAAAGGCAUGGCGCCUCAGUUUGACUUGGAUGGUGAAAAGGGCCACGAAGAGACAACCAAUGACACUGACACCAGUCCAAGUGAAUACGAUCGAAGGUCCUGCAGUAUUUCCACCAAGCGUAAACAUGAGAGACUCAUGUGGACCAAGUUCCAGAGAGACAUGUUCCUGGAAUAUGGGAUCGAAACGGAAAAACUGGCAAGAUCUCACCCAUGGCCGCCGCGUAAAAAGCACCGCCCAUCAUUUUCUGAGGAGGAUAGUGCCGAUGAGGCAAACUCCGAGAAAGCAUCGACGAUUGGACCAACUUCUUCACAGAGAACGAUCGAUGAGAGAGCAUUAGGUGGUGCUCCUUCAAAGAAUCACGAGCAUCUUGACCAAUCGUUCCGAACAGAUAUAUCUGCUUCAACACAAUCAGCUGCUAAACCGCACCAAUCUUCUACGAUGGGUGAUCAUGACGAUAUGAAAUGGAUAUCAACUUUGCAAGUGGCGCAGAAGGACGCACACCAUCUGCUUCAACAAACCAAUUCGGUUAGUCAAAACUGUUUAUGCUAUAUGCAAGGAACCAUGUUAACUGGGAAUUAG